AAGUUCACAAAAAUCACAAAAUCUAAUAAACUCUGGUGUUUCGCAUGGUUUUUGUUGCACAAAGUAGUAACCAUUUAUUAAAAUGCCCCAUAGUCAUUGCCACGAUGAACAUGACCACGACCAUGACCAUUCUUCGGAAGAAACGGGGUUUCAAUACAAUCUUUAUGAGAAAAUUGAUAAGGAGAAUCUCCAGUGCCUCAAUGAAACUGUAGAUGGAUCAGGAAAAACAGUUUUUAAGCCCUGGGAUAAACGAUUAGACCGUGAAAAUUUUGUUGAAAGUGAUGCAGAUGAAGAGCUAUUAUUUAAUAUUCCUUUUACUGGAAAUGUAAAACUGAAGGGAAUUAAAAUUGCUUCAGACAACACUGAUAGCCACCCAGCUGUACUGAGAUUAUAUAAAAAUAGACCAAAUAUGACUUUUGAUGAUAUUUCUGCAGAACCAGACCAAGUCUUUGAACUCCAGAGGGACACAGAGGGACGUCUGGAGUAUACUCCUAGGAUUGUAGCAUUCUCAUCUGUUACACACUUAACUAUGCAUUUUCCAAGUAAUUUUGGUGCAGAAAACACGAGAAUCUUCUACAUUGGUCUCAAAGGAGAAUGGACGGAGGGGCACAGGCAUGGCGUUACUAUUUGCACAUAUGAAGCACGCCCCAAUGUGGAUGACCACAAACUAAAACACUUGGAUUCGGUAUCCAGGACCAUAGAUUAAGUUUGUAAUCUUAAGAAGAGGCCAGAAUAAACAUUUAUAUACUGCAUA